AUGGAAAGACAGAGAGGUUCCCCAUUUUCAGACCUUAUAAAUCAGUUGCCCAUACCUGCCAAAUUCAAAAUGUCAACAUGGAAAAUGUAUACUGGGUUGGAGGACCCAGUAUCCCAUGUUCCUCACUUUGAACUACAAACUGACCUCCAGGGGGUUCAGGAUGAUGCUAGGUGCAGGAUCUUCUCGGGCACCCUGUCAAAAACUGCUCAGUGUUGGUUUUUCAAGCAACAGCCAGGAUCAAUCACAUCAUGGGAUGGUUUUGUCCGCAUAUUCUAUUCUCAGUUCUCCUCGGCAAUGCCCCUUCUAGCCGAGCCAAACGAUUUGGUGGACAUCAAACAAAGGGACAAUGAGCCUUUAAAAGAUUACAUUCAACGUUUCAUGCAAGAGGCCACCAAGGUAAAGUUCCUCAGUGAUGAUGGUAAGUUGAUAGCCAUCAAUUUAGCAGUCAAAGUAAAAAGUUUGUUCUGGAGUAGCUUGAAGAGGAAGUCAACACGUACCACUCAAGAAUUCCUUGAUAGGGCAGAAGAAUUUAUCAAGUUAGAGGAAGCUGAACGGAAGAUGGAUAAUCCUACCCAGGCAACUGCUAUGCAAGAGAAAACAAGUGCUAGGAUCACCACCAACCCUCUAGAAGGAAGUAAAAAUGGGGGCAAGAACGGCAAACGCUGUAACAGGGCUAGAAAUAGUGGUAACCAGAAUGACAGCAAGAAGCCUCAGACCACCGAGCAGUCGAAACCGUGA